AUGGAUUCGAAAAGAGAAAUUACCAUCUUUGAAGAAAUCGACAUUAUCUCCACACGAUCGUCACUCGAAUUCGAACCGAAUUCUUCAUCACAUCAUCAACCUGAUUUAUCUAUAACACUUUCUCCAUCUCCAUCCCAAUCUCAUCACACAACAACGGAACGAUUAGAAACGAAAACACACCCAUCGCCUAAGACAGACAACCGAUGUUCUACAACAGCAAAAUCCAAUCGAGAAAUAACAGACUCGAUGUCCGCUACUAAAUCAACAAAUUCCACAUCACCUUCGAAUCGUUACAGUAGAAAACGUAGUUCAGACACGACGAAUGACAAAACACGAAAAAAUGAUGAGACCAUAGUCAAAUCUUCUGAAUCAGAAAAACCUUCCUCAUCGGUCAAACGAGACAAAUCGAAAUCAACAAAAGCAACAUCAUCACGACAUCGGUCGAGAUCUCAUGAAAGAAAGAUCGAUCGAAAAACCAUUGAGCCAUCUAGCUCACAUGAUAGUUCACUCAAUAAGACAAAAACAAAUCAAGAAAAAGAUUCCAUUUCAAACCAUGCAACAAUAAAUCCAGAUAAAAAAUCAAGCCGGGGAUCAUCUAUUCCAUCUACACAUAGCGAUCAUCGAGAACGAAGACGACGGCGAUCUUCAGAUCGUUAUCAGCAUGAUUCUUCAGCUCGAUAUGAUCGACGAAGUGAUCAUAAUCAUCGUCAUCGAAGUCCAUACCAUUCAAAUACUCAUUAUGUACAUUACCACCAUCAUCAUCACUAUCGAUCACCAUCACCCAGAUAUCGUCGUCAUCAUUAUCAGCGGCGUCGAUCGAACUCACGUCAGCGUCGUCGAUCGAGUUCUCGUCACCGUCGUACAAGAUAUUUUUCUUCAACAUCGUCAUCGAUAUCAUUUUCACCUCGCCGUCGAACUCGGAGUCGAACAUCAUCAUCUUCAUCAAGUAGUUCAUCGUCAUAUACAUCAAUUUCUCGAUCAUCUUCCUCAACAUCCCGUUCGUCUUCACGAACUAAUCAUUAUUAUCAUGAGAAAAAAAAUCGUCGUUCGCCGACAUUAGAAAAACUAUUUCUAAAAGCAUCGGAAUCAAUUGAAGCCGUUUCUACGCAAAAGAAUCCUGCUUUACCUUCUUCAUCGGCACCCACAACACAUUACUUACCCAUACCACCAAAUAGUACGACAUUGGAUAUGCCCAUAGCAUCGCUUCCAGAACCCAAUGUAUUCUAUCCGGAAAGAUUCACUGGAUUUUCUGCGCCACCGCCACCUCUCAACUUACCACUUCAACAACGCUGCUUAAAAGAAAUAACAACAGAUGUAGCAGCAAUACCUCGUACAGUAUUCAAUGAAAUUCAGCCAGUUUCAUCAUCAACACUUGAUGAUGUGGGAUCGGGUAAAAUUUCUCAGUCCAACGAUUCUUCAACAAUCGUCCGCCCACCAUCGAGCAGACCACCUCGAGUAUCUCGUUUUUCCGAUGUCACUUCGACCACAUCAUCCGAACCAGUUAUAAAUACAAACAUACCCGUCGAUACACCAUUAAAUUACACUCAAAUCAGUGAAAACAUCAAUUGUUUACCCGCAUCACGUCGUCAACAGAAGCGUCAUAAUCGUGAAGUGAUGGAAUGCGAAUGUACCACAAGUGAAUAUGAUCGUUCCCGUGGUAUUAAAGCUUGCGGUUCGGAUUGUCUUAAUCGCAUGCUAUUAAUCGAAUGUGGUCCACUAUGUCCAUGCGGACAAUGGUGUUCCAAUCGUCGAUUUCAGCGACAUUCGUAUGCUGCACACAAGUUAGCGCUGUUUAAAACUGAAAUGAAAGGCCAUGGCUUACGAACAACUUCCACAAUUCGUAAAGGUCGUUUUCUUGCCGAAUAUGUCGGUGAAGUUAUCGACAUGGAUGAAUUAGCUCGACGAAACAAGAAAUACAAACGCGACGGAAAUAUUCAUCAAUACGUCAUGUCAUUAAUCCAUGGAACAGUAAUUGAUUCAACAAUGAAGGGCAAUUGGGCGAGAUUUAUCAAUCAUUCUUGUGAACCGAAUUGUGUUGCUGAAAAAUGGCUUGUCAAUGGUGAAUAUCGAAUGGGAAUAUUUGCGAAGCGUGAUUUGGACGUCAACGAAGAAAUUACAAUUGAUUAUCGUUUUGAAUCAUCAAAUGCGGCUGAUCUAGCGAAUGAGAAAUGCUAUUGUGGCGCACCGACAUGUCGUGGAACGAUUAGUAUUAAACCAAACAAUAAUAAUUCAACUAAACGACAAAAUCGCCGUCAACCGUUGGAUGAUGAUGAAUUACUCGACUAUUUACUCGAUGAACAUACGAACGAAUAUGUUGUACCGAAGACUAUCGAAGAAAUUCGUCAAUUAAUUCAAAUAAUGUCUCGAACAGAUGGUGAAAAUGUUCGAACAAUUGAAUUGAACUUAAUCAAAUCAAGCUCACAGAAACAUCUGGAAUUACCACGAUUAUUUCUCGAAUGCAAUGGUUUACAUGUGUUAUGUUCGUGGAUGAAAGAUAUUUUACUUGAAAAUGCUGAUGAAGAUGAGCAACAACACUAUUCGGACGAAUUUAAAUAUCAAUUAUUAGAUUUCAUUCAUCUAGUUUUACCCAUCAAAGAUCGAACAACUGUGAUUAAAAAUGGUUUGUUUGAUUUAGUGGCUAAAAAGUUACAAUUACCAUCGAAACCUAAUGAUCAGAUGAAUUCGAUGACAGAUGAAGAACAAAUUCACUCUUUGAUGAACUCCAUGCUUGAUCAUCUGGAGAAUCCAAUAGUUGCCAAACUUUGUCAUAUUUAUUCAACGUGGACUUCACUCAAAGAACGUUUUAUUAUCCCAAAACGAAAAGAACCGGAAGCAGAUUCUGACCAUCACCAUCACCGUCAUCACCAUCAUCAUCAUUACAGUUCGAAGCAUCGUCACGAAGAGCCAUCUUCGCGAUUAAGUUUUACAACACGUUCGUCGUACAGUCAACAAAAACCUUACGAUCGGUCGUAUAGUCGACGUUCGUAUACUGUACGUGAAACACCACGAACACAGGAACAACAACUGUCGAAAGAUGAACGACGAAAAUUAUUUGAACAACAAUAUGAAGAUGAAGAGAAAGCAAGAAUGGCAGCAGUCAACGGCGAAAGUCCAGGAUCACAAAAUGAACCACCGCAUAAAAAACAACGAACAUCUGACAAUACGGAAUCGAUGAUACCACACACUCCACCUCAACCAGAAUUGUCAUCAGCAUAUCCAAAUCAAAUGGAUCAGACAUCUUGGAUUCACCAACAUCUAUCACAGAUUCCUAUUGAAUAUAUUCGUUCGUAUAUGGCUUCGAUUGGUGCGCAGGAAAAUUCAGCAUCCGCCACUUCAGUCGACAAGGAUGAACCUGUCCCUCCUCCGCCAGCACGACCUGAGAACGAAGCAGAACUCUCACAUAUCAUACAAUUGCCUUCGGGUUGGUCCGUUGCCAUGUGUCCAACUGACUCGUCUGUUUAUUUCUAUAAUCGAGAAACCAAUACGACUAGUUGGACACCACCAUCUGUUGCAACUUCAGCAAACACGUCUGCUCCUCUUCUUGACUUAAGUCCACUCUCAUCUGCACACAUACUUGAACAACGCCGACCCCUUCCGAUUCCUCAUCAUCAUCAACAUUCAUCCUCGUCAUCGCAUUCAAAUAUGAAAUUAGUGAAACAUCCGCAUCGUCACGCUCGUACUCAUAAACAUCAUCAUAUCAGCUCUACUAAUAGUAACAAACGAAAACGACCUGUAACAACAACAACAACAACAAGAACAGACACAGCAGCUGCUACUAAACCAGACGUUGAAGGCCCAUCAGAAAACAUGCUACAUAAAACAAUCAAACAAGAGGAAACUAACGAUGUUAAUAAAUCAUUGGAACACGACGAAGAAACAUCUGUCUCUGUUUCGAAAAUACCCACUGAAGAUACCAAUGCAAUCAAUGGAUCAACUACGAUUAAAGAUGAUAUCAACGAAUCCAACAAUAACAAUGCAUCAUCAUCCUCGAAAAUCAAUCGUGAUCUCCUACGUAAAAAUAUUUCUCAACACGUUCAUGCAACCUUAAAACCAUACACAAAGCGAACAUGCAAACAAGGACGUAUAGCAUCUACAGAUGACAUCAAAUACUUAGUGAAAAAAUUCACCUUAGCAGUGUUAGAUAAAGAAAUUGAGAAGGCCAAAGACGAAAGAAUUCCAUUGUUGCCAGUAUUAAACGAUCGUGUACGAUUAAAAACGGAAGUUUACAUCAAGAAGUAUAUGAACAAGAUGGGUUCUGUGUUUCAACGGCAUGAUGUUUCUGUCUCGCAUUCGCAUUCGUCGGUUAUCGUCGAUACUGCUGCUCCGCCUGCUGGUUGUCAGCCAGAAACAUCUUUGCAGGCAACAACAUCCAAUUCAGAAUGA